UGGGUUCCACGAUAAACCCUAUAAACCCUUUUCAACAUUUUGAAGAAACCGCAAUUCUCAAACCCUUCUUCUCUGAUUCUCUCUCUACAGCCUUUGAUUUGAACCCCUUUUCUCCUCCUCCAAUGGAAGAUUCCCCGCAAUCAGCCGGUGAUCGGAAGACCCGUUUCUACCACCCCUACCAAGACCUUCACGUCCCGAUCACCAAGCUUUACGAGCUUCCCACCGCCCCAGAACAUCUUUUCUUCGAAGAGGCGGCUAGGCCCCACCGUUCUUGGGGCGAAAAUCUCCAGUACUACACCGGAAUCGGCUACUUGUCCGGUGCCCUUUUUGGCGGCGCCAGGGGAUCUCUCCAGGGCAUUAGGGCGGCGGAGCCUGGCGACACCAUGAAGCUUCGUCUUAAUCGAGUUUUGAACUCUGGGGGUCAGGUCGGCCGCAGGGCUGGGAACUCUCUUGGGAUUCUUGGCUUGAUUUUUGCUGGUUUGGAAAGUGGGGUUACUCAUUUGAGAGGCUCUGAUGAUGUUUUGAAUAGUAUUGUUGCUGGAUUGGGGACUGGUGCAAUUUAUAAGGCGGCUUCAGGGCCGAGGUCGGCCGCCAUCGCUGGUGCUAUUGGAGGGAUUGCUGCUGCAGCUGCGGUGGCGGGCAAGCAGGCAGCGAAGAGAUAUGUGCCAAUAUAGGCACACACAAAUCUGUGGGGGGAUUUCUUUGGAGGACGGUAAAGCAUUUGAUGGGUUCCUUUGAUUUUAAUUUCAUGAUGUUGAUACACAGAUAGUUUAGUUUAUUCAUGUAUUGGUGAACAAUAUACAGUAUUAGGUCACUAAUGCUCGAUCUUCUUAUAUUGUAGUUUGUGUUGAAUUGUGUUCUUCCUGUUUGUAAUUGAUUCUGAACCCUUAUAGAGUCCUUGGUUUGAGGAAGAUGAUGUAACUACAGCAUUGGAGAAAGGGGUGUGUUUAGAUGACAGGAUUUCUGCAUAAUUUGUACUUAGUGGAAAGUUUAGGAGCAGGGUUUGGUGCCAUUUUUUUGAUAGUUCAUCUCAAACAAUCAAUAAAGCUGGUGAUUUUUUCUUUA